AUCCACGCGACCGACCGACCGACCAGGCUCGGCUGCUCUGCCGUCGACCGCCGCCGCCGCUCCGCGAUCCGAGGCCAACGUGGAGUUGUUCAACCGCAACGCUGCUGUGCUGCAGUCGCUCUUUUCUAAGCGACAUUCUUCUUCUUCCACCUCUUCCCUCCGGUCUGAGCAAGAAGUGUGCGUUUCGUGUUCGUGAGUGCGAGUGGCACGCCUUCUGCUCGUCGGGCCCGGGGUGCCGCGCCCCCUUUUUUCCAGCCACCACAGGUCUGGACGCAAGUUUCGCGUGUUUCGCGCAGUUGCGCACGCUCACUCUGGAUUGACUCACCUGCUGGACGGAAAGAACGGAUUGGACCGACCAGGAAGCCACGUCGUCGUUUGAGAAAUAACAGAGUGUGUGUGCCACGGUGCCCGGGAUCUUUUCGACCCUGCUCGUGCUGUGUUGCAGAUCGACGGUAUAAAGGCCUUGCAAACGACGACGAAGGUGCACUUUGUGGCCAAAGAUGAAACUUGAUUCGGCACUGUGUGGCAUACUGAGCAUCAUGUAGGGCAGGCAAAGAGAAGAAACCCCUUCUUCUAUGGCAACGCUGCCCGAGAACGUGAUCAUUAUGGAAGUUUACAACGACGCCGACUUGAGCGACCCGGCGCCAGCUUACAAUGGCGAGCAGAGCCCGCCUCCGGUUUUGCUCAAACCAUCCGUAGCUGGAACAAAAGACUUCGUCACCGUCGUGUCCGUCGAGGACUCCGCCAGUGGCAGUGUCGCAUCGCAGGGGCAGAAGGACCACGACAAUUACGUGACGCUACUGGAAGUCGAUGAAACGCCGAGCGCCACGGAGGAAGUGCUCGUGUACCGGCUUCCCGGGGAAAGGCUGGGCAUGGCACUCAAGUUCGUCGGGGGAACCGCCGCCGGCGACAAGGUGUCCAGGGUCUUCAUUCAGUCCAUCACUCCCGAGAGCCCGGCCUCCAGGGCGCAGUGGAAGAUAUCGCCCAUCAAGGAAGGUGACGAGAUUCUCGAGAUCGGCGACACCCCUGUCACAUCCAUGACUCGUCUCGACUGCGUCACGCUUCUCCGAGACUCCCCGGUAUGUAUCAAACUACUACUUCGACAUCAAGGUGACACGUCGGCGGGCAGAGCUCGAAAAAAUCCCCCGCCUCCGAUCCCACCGCGGAAGUCUUCCAUCGGAGGGUGCAACGGAAGCGACCCCGCAGCAUCAGCCCCUACGACGAGCGUUCGGCAGCAUGUCGAACUGUUCGAAAAGCAUGCAUCGGGUAUCGAACGCAGUCCGUCCCUGCGAAGGCCUUCCAUUCCCCCGCCGUUGCCUCCCCGCCGACCCAAGUGCAGCCACUCGGACUCGGAAGAACCGUCACCGACUCCUGCGUUUCCGGGCAUGUCGCUGAGCAUGAGACUUCCGGGUUGGGAAGAGCUUAUGCGGAAACGCGGCAGUGGGGACAAAGGCGACCGCCCUGUCCAACCAGACUUCUACGUAGACCUCCUGGCCGAGGAGGACAAGAAGCUGCUGGAGUGCGAAUCAGACGACACCGGUAGCUCAGUGUCGACCGUCAUCGAAAAAUUCUCGCGAGCGAGCACCGCCAACUCGAGUUUUUCGGAGCACACUCGGCAGCAGUCGCUCGACAGACCAUCGCACACGUUCGAUCUCGAGAAAGUGCUGAGCCCUUCGAGCAGCUGGAACGAGAACUAGACGGCCACGAGGAAACGUGCGUCGACGACGACGACGAGCAAGAUCUCGAUUUCGUUGACGAUCCAGGAAUCCUCAAUGACGGAAAAGACGCGCUCUGCGACGUCCUGGGUCUACCAUCGGCCAUUGCGCCCCCGGAAUCCUUUCAAGACAUGUCGUC